AUGGAGAAGAAACUCGUGGCGGAAUCCUACAUUGGGUUCAACGGAGCCAUCUCUAACAACCUGAUCCUCAUAAGACAUGAAAAAAAAAUAGACAAGAAAACAUACCAAGAAAAGUUAAGACUAAUAGAGAAAGAAGAAAUUUUAGAAAACGAAAAAAAAAAAAAACUGAAAAGCGUUUAUAAUUUAAAGAGCAUAGACAUCAAUCACAACUACUAUGAAUUAAAGAAGGAGGAACUUCGUUACCACUUCUACAUGAUCUAUGCCAUAGGAACCAGCAUAAUAAAAGAGGAUGUGGUAAAUAAUCACAGAACCAUAUUUAAAAGUAACAAAAAUAGAAUCACCAAGUUAUAUGUAGAUGAUGCCAAGAAAUAUAUCUGUUGUUGUAAGGAAAGUAAAUUAGUAUCCGAUAUAUAUAUAUACAAUUUUGAGAAUGACGAGGAUCCAAUUAUUUUGUCUCUUCACAAGUUUAGGACUCUGGAUAUAUCCAUCAGUAAAGAUGGAAAGUAUUUACUUUCUUCCGGUGGGGACGAUGAUAAAACGUUGAUUUUGACACAAAUAGAAAAUCAAAAAUUUAUUUACAAGUCCUCUUCGGAUUAUCCCUACUCUAACGUUUCCUUUUUCCAUAACUCAAACAAUUUCAUAAUAGCCAAACUUAACAGCAUCAAGAUCUGCUACUACGACUUCACGAAGAAGCUGAUGAGCGAAGAGGAAGUGAACACCUCCAUUUAUAAGAGACAAUUUGUGUGUCUCCAGCUGAAAAAAAACGAUGAGUACGCCUACCUCGGCACAACCACAGGGGAUGUCCUCGUGGUGAACAUCAAGUCAAAGGUGCUCGAGAAGAUUCUCCCAGAGAACUACCUCUUCAGCAACGGGAUAAACGUGGUGAAGAUUCUAAACGACAACACCAUCUUGACAGGAAGCGGAGACGGCUAUGUUAGCCUAAUAGACGUGGAAGAAAAGAAAAUCGUGAGAAAAACAAAGCUGUAUGGAUCCAUCAACUCCAUAGAAUUGAGAAACGAGUCAACCCUAUAUAUCAGCGUCCACGAAAAUAUCAUAUACGUGAUGGACCUAAUGAAUAACACACACAAAGUGUUAAUGUUACUGCAGAACAAUUAUAUUCGAGACAUGUGCUUCCCCUACAAUUAUAACUAUAUUAUGUACACCUGUAGCUAUAACAAUAUAAUGGCGUGGAAUUUUUACGAAAAAAAAGUUAUUUUUUUAAAAAAUAUAGAAAAAGGAAAAUUCAUCUACUACGAUAAAAAAAUCUUGAACAUACCAACAGAUAAAAAGGAGAAGUUAUGCAAAAUGAAUAAGUUGAAUGAAGCAAAAGUUGCACACACUUUGGAAAAAAAAAAUAACAAUGAAGACAAAUUCGAAAAAAUAAAUAAAAACUUAACAUGUCACAGUAUACAAAUUACGAAAGAUGGCAAAUACGUUGCUCUCUCUGUCCACAACAAUAUUUAUUUAUUAACUUCAAAAUAUAUGAAAAUUGUUACAGUCAUUUUAAACGCCCAUUAUGAUUACUGCAGUGUUUUGCUUUUUCACAAUCAGUAUGAUUUAAUUACUGCUGGAAAUCAUGGCGAUAUUAAAUUCUGGAAAUUUCAAAAUUCCAAAUACGUCAAUGUGAAUAUCUUAACUUUCCACUGCAUGCCCAUCAACAAGAUCAUCCUCUACGGGGACAAAUACCUCUGCAGCUGUAGCGAAGAUGGACUCAUAACCAUUUAUAAUAUCGAAGAAAGCACACUUGUGAAAAAAAUAAUAGACACGAGCAACACAAGAUAUAGACAAAUCUGCCUGAACAAAAAAUACGAUAUCCUCCUCUGCUGUGGAAAUAACAACAUUUUUAUGUACUACGAUUUGAUAAAAAAGGAAAUCAACAAGCACUUUUACUAUUCCCCGUUUCACAAUGUCCUUGCCGUCGACAUGGACAAAACGGGGGCGUACUUCAUAACAGGCUCCGACGACUGCAAGCUGCGGCUGUAUGAAUUCAAAACGUGCACUUGUCUCUACAUAGGAGAUGCACACAACGACGUUAUAAACAAAUGCUUGUUCACGGUUGAUAAUCAUUUCAUCAUAUCGGUUUCGAAGGACGAAAGCAUAAUUUACUGGAACGUUCCGACCGAAAUGAAGAAACAGGACUUGCCAAAAGAGCUCGAGGAAUAG